AGACAUUGAUCCAGAAGAACCACACACAUCUGAAGAUCCUGGGAUGUCCUUUUACAUCUAUUAUUAUGGGAUGUUUUUUUAUAAUUACGUGCAUUAUCAUACCCGGGAAUAUCCUGGUUAUCAGAGCUGUAAUGAGGAAUCCCCACCUCCGCACGCCAUGUAAUAUUUACAUUGUGAGCUUGGCUGUUACAGAUCUACUUCUUGGAGUAAUGUAUCCUUUAUACAAUGUUGCUCAUCUAGAACACGUACCGGAAGUCAGUCGUCUGUUGGGUCAGUGGAGUGUGUGUCGUUUCUUGUUGACUGAGGUGUAUGCCUUGGGUAUUAGCUGUUCUUAUCACUUAGUAGCCAUCACUGUUACCAGAUAUGUCGCCAUCUUUUACCCAUUACGGUAUCAAAGCUACGUUACAACCAAAUCCACAAAGUACACCAUUUUUACUAUCUGGGUCCUAUCCCAUUGUACUUGCGUUUUGAUGUUUACUCUUUAUAAGCCAGAGAAAUACAGCAGCAGAUAUGUUGGUGUUUGCCGCUAUGAGCUGAUCUUCUCUGUAACACAUGCAAUAAUACUCCUUACUAUCCAGGUUUUUCUACCUGUCCUAAUCAUGUUGACUCUUUAUGCUAGAAUCGUCAGAGUUGCAAGACAUCAGGCAAAGGCUAUAGCUCUUCAAGAACGAGUGCUGAGAAAUAAAUGUGAUAGAUCAAGUAAUGCAUUUAAUUUCAUUCGCCGACAAGAACUGAAAUCUACAGUAAUGGUGUCUGUUUUGUUGGGCUUCUUCAUAAGUGUAUGGACGCCGAUGAUAAUACUUUUUUUCCAUCAAAUAACUUGUGUUGAAAAUUGCGUUCAAUCUCCAUUUAUAAGAGCUACUUGUCGAAUUCUUCUGUAUAUGAACUCGGCUGUAAACGUAUUUAUUUACGCAGGCCGACUACCAGAAUUUCGAAAAAGCAUUCAAAAAGACAUAACAAAGCUACAAAAAUAUUUGUGUUUUUGUAGACAGGAGUUUUGAAAUGAUUUCAGAUUUGUAAACAUUAAAACUGGUUUUAAAAAAUUAGUUAAAACUGUGUCCACGCCCCUUUAAAAUAAGCUUAAAAAUACACUCGACUCAUAAGCAAUUGUGUACGAUUUGUGGCGUGAAAGAAACCGAAUCGGAACUUGUGACAUUCUUCUUAUUUAAUACAACCCUGUAGAAUUUAUCUAGAUGUGUGAUUGUUGUUUAACAUCUCUCUCCAUUUUGUUUUUUUAAUAUUGAGACACUAACUCUAGCCGAUAAGGCUGUCCAUUCAGUUAAGGGUCUUUUUUAUGCCAAAACCGUCUGGGACACGGGAUCCUGCUUCAUUCAGUCUCGCCCAAAGGGACGGUCACCAAAUCCUGCAGGGAUAAGCAAGGAUAAAAAUUCAGCAGACGCUUUACCCAUUGCGCCACGAGGACCAUAACAUGUAUUUCUUAAAGGAAAGAUUGAAAAAAAAAAUUGUUAAGUUUUAUGCAAAUAUUAUAACAAAACUGUUUUUAUUGUUGUAAAACAAAUGAUUAAACUAACUUAGACAUUGUAUAUUUUCAAGUCAUGAACAAUUAAGGAGUGUAAAAAAUGUAAUUAAUUUAAAUGUAACAAUAAAUAAUGUGAUUCUUGUUAUGAACUAUCAUUUUCAUACAUAAAUAUCUUUCUGUAUGAUUAAUGAUUGAACAUUAAAGAGAU